AUGAAUUUUUUCGUCGAGCGUUCUGUUGCCCUCAUCAAAUCACUUAGCAGCGAGCGCACUCGUUGGGAAAUGGGCUCGGAAACUUUCAAGUCACAAAUGUCUACUAUUAUUGGAGACUGCCUACUUUCCUCUGCCUUCAUGGCUUACGGUGGAUACUUCGAUCAAUACAUGCGCUCAAGCCUUUUCUCUACUUGGGCUGAUCAUCUUCGUCAGGCAGACAUUCAAUUCAGAGGAGAUCUUGCCAGAGUAGAGGUAGGUUUCUCUGUUUUUCCGACUUUCUUCUUGAGCAAAUUGUCGACUAUUUAA